AUGCUGUGUGCAUUUUUUUAUUAUGUUUAUUGCCUCAUAUUAUUUUGUUUUUAUGUUUCAGGAUUAUCGAUGAACUUUAAACGUUCUGUUGUCAUUCUUUUUGAACUGAUAAAACGAUGCGAAGAAGAAAUCGAAAUUUUGCAAAGAGAAAUGACAAACUAUCUGUCGUAUUACAAAAACGUGAUUGUUAAACUUGAAGAAGCUACGAAAGUGAUUCAACAGACUCCAAAUGUGAUAUCCCAAUCUAAAAUUCUCUUCAUAAAAAAAGGUGUACGAUUUGCAAAAAAACAAUUAUUGAAUAGUUACCAACAUUUUUUGGACAUAAUGAAGGCGAAUACCGACAGUACCUAUAGUGUAGAAGAAUUGACUGAUGAAGAUGAUUCCGACAAUGACCUUGAUAGUGAUGAUGAUGAUGAUAGUGAUGAUUCGAAUUCAGAAAACGAAUACGAGUAAUUAGUUGUAAAUAAAUAACUUAUUUGUUUUUGGAUUGCCGUUUUUACACCUUUUAGCAAUUUCCUAAUUAUUUUACUCUAUUAUCCCAUCAGUUUAAUCAAGAUAUCGAUUAAAUAUUUGCAUUCUUCGAAUUCUACCAUGGGGUUCUUUUGCUACGUAAAACAUGGCUUCUUAAUUUCGCAUGAGUUUUUAACUCCAAGGAGAUUUUAGUAUCUUUCUGUAUUUAUAUAUAAUUGUAUUUUUAACAAAAAGAGUAAAAUAUGUAAACAGUAUAUUAUUCAAACAUUCACGAAAUCGAAGUAUAACUUCUUUCUAAUUUCACAGUAUCCUCAAAUAAUUGUUUUUUAUUGUGUUUGUCUUUCUCCACACGAAUUGGGCCUGAGCUAUACAAUGCGGUUAUUCCAAUAUCACAGUUUCCUCAAAUAAUUAUUUUUUACUGUAUUUGUCUUCUAUAGUACAAAAUACUAUAAAAUAUACAGAGGACUGUCGAUGUAACCAACCGCCGAUAUAGUGAAAGUUUCGAUGUAGGUCCAUUCCCCUUCAAUUUAACCUGAAGAAACUGUUAUAUACCGUUCUUUGUAACGAACCCCGAUACAGUGAACUCUUGAUUUAAAGAGGCAAGUUAUUCGUUCCCCACACUCAAAAAAAUCUCGAUAAAAGAAACUCAAGGCACUAAAGGUAAUAGAACUUCGGCAACAUUUUUAACAUGGGUAUCAAAAUUAUGUUUCACUAACAAAACCGUACAGUGUCAUUCUCGACCUUCCAUUUCCGGGGUAUUUGUGCCUCUAUCAAAAAAUUCAAACAAGACGUGGAUACUAGCGAAGAAUUGGAUUUCUGAUUUGACGUACAUGUACGAGUUCAACUCGACCUUUCAUUUUCGGGGUAUUUGUGUCUGAAUCCAAAAAUUCACACACGACGUGGAUACAAGCGAAGAAUUGGAUUUAUGAUUUGAUGUACGUGUACGAGUUCAACUCGACCUUCCAUUUUCGGGGUAUUUGUGUCUCUAUCAAAAAAUUCAAACAAGACAUGGAUACUAGCGAAGAAUUGAAUUUCUGAUUUGCCGUACGUGUACAAGUUCAACUCGACAUUCUAUUUUCGGAGUAUUUGUGUCUGAAUCCAAAAAUUCACACACGACGUGGAUACAAGCGACAAAUUGGAUUUAUGAUUUGACGUACGUGUACGAGUUCAACUCGACCUUCCAUUUUUGGAGUAUUUGUGUCUGAAUCCAAAUAUUUACCCACGACGUGGAUACAAGCGACAACUUGGAUUUAUGAUUUGACGCACGUGUACAAGUUCAACUCGACCUUCCAUUUUCGGGGUAUUUGUGUCUUUAUUGAAAAAUUCAAACAAGUCGUGGAUACUAGCGAAGAAUUGGAUUUCUGAUUUGAUGUACGUGUACCAGUUCAACUCGACCUUCCAUUUUCGGAGUAUUUGUGUCUGAAUCCAAAAAUUCACACACGACGUGGAUGCAAGCGAAAGAUGCAACUUCUGAUUUGACAUACAUGUACUACGAGUACUUUCAUUCAUUUCAUUCGAUAUUUCGUAAAUAAAUUUACAUUAUCGAUACCGUAAAAAAGAUUAUAAUAAAUUUUUUAACAUUCGUUCUGAUUCAUUUGGGUGAUGCGUCGCAACUUCGCGUGCGUUUUGCCAACCUAUAUUUAGCAUAGCUAAGUCCUGUUUGACAUUAGUUGACUAUGUCGUUGGGGAUCUGCUUUUUGGCCUUUUAAAGUCGGAUUUCCACUAGACGAAACGUUAGGUAAACGUUCUUCGAAGUCCUGAACUACCAAAAGCGGUAAAGCGACAACGCUGAAGCCGCAAAACAAUUUCGUCACGCAUGCUCAGUGACAACAAAAUAAGCGUUAGCGCUAACGUUUCGUGGGGAAAAUCCAGUUUAAAAGGCAUCUCUGCGUACCGCAUUGCUUUUCGUGCGGGAGCAUUAAAGUUCAUUUGCUGGAUCUUGCCGAACCAUCUUAACCGCACGAGUACUGGGCAUUCCCUUUUCGGAGAAUUUAUUUUCUAUCUGUGAAAUUUAAAUUCACAAGAAAUUAUAUAACUUUUCCGUAUGUGUGAAGUUGGAAUCUGUGAAACAAACUCCAUCCCCCAGCAGAGGAGCCAACAGCGAAACUUUGGUCCCAGGUAGUCCCCCCCCCCGCACGGUGGGCCAAAACGACCCGAAAAAUGCUUAACUAAAUCGUCCAUCAAAAUCGGCCCGGAAAUUUCGAAUCGGCACAUUUCUGUCCGCGUAAUAUGAAACGAUUUGCAAGAAACUUUGAAGAUCUGGUAUUCGUUUUACACGUAUACGAGCGCGAUAACAUUUCUUGAUUCAAACAGAGGUAAGCACAAGCUUUUCGUUGAAUAUAAACACUUGAUACUUCAGCGUCGGUAAGUCUUCUAUUUCAGCAAGCUCUUUUAUGGAAUUUUUUACUUUUUUCUGUUGGUAGGUCAUAGAGAUGGAGUAUAGAAUGAUACCAGCUUCGCUUUUCCACUUCUAAGUCGAUGUUUUCCUGAAACUACAGUAGUUGUACCAACUUUCUGUUGUUUUAGAUUUUUGUUUCUCCAAAAUUAUUCUCUCUAAAUGAGCUAGCAAUAUCAGGGUAUUUCACUCCUUGGUGCGUCA